AAGAUGUCUUGCUCUGUAAUUAAAUCCCCUCCCAGUUCCAGUCCACUUAUUGGAAAAGCAGAAAGCUCAGAGCGUUGUGCCUCUUUCGUCCUUUCAUUUUCUCGCUCACAACUGCGAUUUUCUCAAUUCGCUUUUAUUUUGGCUUUUCAAUCGAACGAUUCCAUCACAUAGGAGUAUAACUCGUCGGAAACUUCGCACUGUUUCUGCUAGUCGGUCUGCCGUCACCGGCAUAAGCAAGACAAAAGGGGACUGCAAUGCCUUCUGCUUGAACUAGUUCUGGCUUUGAUCCACUAAUUAUACCCUUCUGGCCGUAUAAAAAAAAUUGGAAGUUUUGAUCGUUGAGAGACGAGAAAGAAGUGGGUUUGAAGAGAUAGGGAGACAGGGGGGAAGAAGAAAGCUGAAGCAGCAACAUAAAUGGUGAUCUCAUCUACUAAUUCUCACAAGGAGAUGGCUGUUAGGAGAAGGAUUGCCAGCAUAUUCAAUAAAAGAGAGGAGGAUUUUCCGUCUUUGAAAGAAUACAAUGAUUACCUAGAGGAAGUGGAGGACAUGAUAUUUGACUUAGUUGCUGGUGUGGAUGUCCCUGCUAUUGAAGAAAAAAUUGCAAAGUACCAGAAAGAAAAUGCUGAACAAAUAAUGAUAAAUCAAGCACGGAAGGCCGAAGAAUUAGCUGCCGCUUUGGCAGCUAGCAAGGGACAGCCAGCACAAGCUGAUACUGAUGCGAGCUUUCAAGGAGGCUUUAGUGUUGAACCAGGACAAUAUGCACCAUCAGUUCCUGGAGGACAGCCACGACCAACAGGCUUGGCUCCACAACCAGUGCCGCUUGGGGGGCCAGACAUGCAAGGUUAUCCCAUGGAUGAUGAGGAAAUGAUGAGACUGCGGAUAGAAAGAGGGAGCAGGGCUGGUGGUUGGAGCAUAGAGCUUAGCAAGAAGAGGGCACUUGAGGAAGCUUUUGCAAGUAUAUGGAUUUAGUGUCUUUUUACUGGUUUUUGCCUACUAUACAUUACACUGCACUUAUCAUCCAUGGGAGAGAAAUUUUGAAGCAAGGUAGGAAGGAUUGUCCAUUGUUUUUGCAACAACUUGCUGACUCAGGAUUUUAUGUUUUGGUGUUCUAAAUUUUUCAUCAUGUAGCAUCAUUAGAAGAUUAUACUAUCAGUUGGAAGUAUUUUAGGCAAAGAUGACAUUAUCAUGCUAUCAAGAUAGUUUGGCUAUGCAGGAAAAAAUGAUCAUAGCAUACAAUUUUCUCAGCUCAA